AUGGAUUUCUCCCCCCACCAAAGUCGACUGCCACGACCAGCCAACUCCAAAACCCCCGAGCCGCGCAUCGUCACCCUCUCUAAACCUACGGGUACCAAGCACCGUUCUCAGGCGAAUGGCCUUGCGCAUGCUGCCCAUCUAGCCCCUGAGCGGUCUGCUACUCCAGACACCCCGGGAACUGUCAGGAGCAUUUCGUCUUUCGACUGGGAGGACCUUGAGGCUCGAUUCGAGGCGGCAUUGGCCGAUGCGAAUCAAAAUGAACAAGCGUUGAUGGCAGAAUUCGAGGCCCUCGUCAGAUAUUUUAAUAUCUGGGCUUCCGCUGCAUCUGCUCACGACAAUGAACGUGCAACGAAACGGUUGCAAACACGGACUCAGUAUGUCCAACUCAGAGAAGCAGACCUCGAGAAGAAGAAGCAGUACUACCAGCAGGUGAUGCAAGCCUUCCAGAGCGCCAUGCAACUUCUCAGCCAAUCUUGA